UGGGGGGGGAGGAUUUUUACUUUUGCUUUAUCUAAGGGACUUCUCUUCCCUCCUUUCCUGUACCCAGAAGCCAGCUGGCAUCCCUGCAGCUGGGGCAUGAGCACCCCACUGAUUUGCUCCUGGGUGCGUGUCCUUGAGACUCCCCUGCAAAGCAAAGAGCAGCAUGGAGCGAGUGGUCUUGCUUUUGGACAGCCCUCGACCCUGCAGCCAUCACAGCGGGGCUGACAAGGACUCGAGGGCUUUGCAUAGGGGUUGUUUCGGUUUUCAUUAAAUUUAUCCAUCUUCCAAGCCGAAUCCAGUUCCAAACCCGCGAGGCAGUCCAGGACCAUAGGUGGCCCUGCUACCGGCAAACAUCCUCCACCCACACAUGGGGCUUCAGAUGUUUCCAAAUCCUUUGGUGGGCACUGGCAGGACCAAGCCCAGAGGCGUGGGGUUGGGAUGCCCCUGAGUUUUCCUUGUUCUUAGCCAUCAGGCCCUCCGAGCAAGCUAGGGAGGAGACUCCCAGGCUUUGCAACAUGCUUAACUAAAGGUAAAAAGAUGGCAAAGGUCUCCACAGGAAUGGAGCUGUGCCCGUUCUGUAGAAAGCCUUUUAAGCGGCUGAAGAUGCACCUGCCACACUGCAAGAUGGCAGGAGAUGAGAGAGCUCCUUUAGACUCCAGAAAAGCACUGCCUGCUGACCUGGAAAAGGGACAUCCAGAGCCAGCUCAGCUUGUGUCCACCAAAAAAAAGAAAGGACAAAGCAAAGGCCAGGUAACAACUGCAGAGAGUGACUCAAAACCAGAAAGUCAGAAACAGCAGCUUGGUGCAGCAAAGAACAAAGCACACGACACACAAAAGCCCAAAAGCACUGCUGAAGGGAGAAAAACCAGUGACUUGCACACAGAAAAACCAGAUAACAAUACGGAGCAGCCAAUUAAACGGACUUCAAAGAAGACCCAGAAAGAGAAGGGAAAGGAGAUCCUCCAAAACGAGGACAAAGCACACAUGAAGGCAGCGGGGAAGGUGCCUGCACAGGCUGCACAGGAGUUACUCCCGCCACAGAAAAGCAGAAGUAAAAAAGCGUCUGGUCGCCCAAGUUCAGCACCUGGCAAAGGUUUGGAACUUGCUCCGGGGAGCCAGGAUGCAAAAUCUGCUUCGGGAUUUCCUAACGAGCCAGUCGAAACCCUUGCACCACGAAGAAGAGCCAAGGCAGAGCCUGCAGCCAGCGAUGAGGAUGUAGGUGAGUUGAACGUAGUGACUGAGAAGCCCCAGGUCAAAGUGUGCAAAGACCGGAAGAAAUCCAAGCCGAGGGACAUUAAAGCAACAAGCGUCCCUGGGGAGCAGCAUGAGAUGCAGAGCUGGUACGUGGACUUGCUGGACCCAGACUGCUUGGCCAGCCACGGAGAGGUCGUUCUGGAAACCACGGAUGCCGAGACUCUCAUUCCCGAGGCUGCAGAGAGCAACGAGCUGGGAAAAAAGAGCAGAAAAGGCGAUGGGUUCACUGCACUUGAAACGCCCGUGCUGGAUGCGCCCGUAGCGUCCGCGCGCCAGGGCUGUCUUGGUGAGCUUGCUCAGCAGAGCGGAGACGAACAUCCGACAAGAGUGAGGUGGGUCGAUUUGCUCGGUGACGUGGAUCCAAAGGUCCACACCAGGAAGUUGCAUCCGUCAGUCGCAGGUACUUUGCCAAGUCACAGGAGAGAAACACCCGACAACCGCCUCUCCUGCAUAGCGCAGCUCGUGGAGGACGAGCAGCAGCCUUCCCGCGUCUCCGACUCUCCUCCAAAUACACCAAAAUACACGAAGCUGGCUUUGAAACAGUGUUUGGUCUCCAGCUCCCAACACCAACCCCUCCACCUAUCCCAGGUAUCUGGCAAUAGCAGGCUGGAAGGUGCCAGGGGGCUGGAGUGGUUUCCAGAACUGUAUCCCAGUUAUCGCAGGCUGAACGCAUUUCGGGGGAAGCCUCUGCAGUGGGACGUGGGGAUUGUAAGAAGAGAGACGGUGCCUAGCUUCUCCAAAGGGCAGCAAGGUCCCCUCCUGGAAAAGUGUCUGCCGGACGUGACGCUGGGGGAGCUGCCCGUUUGGCUGGUGACCCGCGACUUCUCUCCGAAGGGGCUGCUGAACACAACACAGACAGCCUGGAACAGCUACUACAGCAAAUACAUCGACAUGAAGAAGGGAGGAGCUGUGGGGAUCUCCAUGCUCUUGGCUGGCUACUGCGUCCUCAGCUACUGCUGGCAAUACGAGCACAUGAAAGCCAGUCGGUGGCGCAAGUACCACUGAAGGUGGCACCGUGACGGACGAGCCUGGACGGCGGUGUGGGAACAGGGCCUGGAUCUCGCUGCCUGCGUUCCAGCAGGGAUUCGGGGCAGGCACAGGAUGCUUUGGUUUUGAAAUUAAAUAUAUUAAGUUUUUCCUAA